UCCCUCUCCCGCUUUCCCUCUCUCUGCGCAGUUUCUGCUUUUCACAGCAUUUUGCAUGAAAGUGGCAAUCUGUGAGGAUUACCCAGAUUGAGGGCUAAAAUAAAAAGGAUACUGUAGCUUGGGUGCUAAUUUUGACUCAAGGCAGAAGUGAAGAUAUGGGCUCCGUUUCUAACCAGGAAUUCCCAGGGGUGUGCAAGACCGAGGAGGAUGAAGGACCGAGCACCGAGGAGGACUCACAGCCUUUGCACGGGGUCGGCGUGUGUAAAUGGUUCAACGUCCGCAUGGGCUUCGGGUUCCUGUCCAUGACCAGCCGGGAGGAAGUGCCACUGGACGAACCGGUUGAUGUUUUUGUCCAUCAGAGCAAGUUGCACAUGGAAGGUUUCCGCAGCCUGAAGGAGGGCGAGGCAGUCGAGUUUACCUUCAAGAAGUCUUCAAAGGGUCUUGAGUCCCAGCAAGUGACCGGACCAGGUGGUAUCCACUGUGUGGGCAGUGAACGGAGACCUAAAGGCAAGAAGGUCCAGAAGCGCCGGUCAAAGGGAGAUAGAUGUUACAACUGUGGAGGCCUGGACCACCAUGCCAAAGAGUGCAAGCUACCACCGCAGCCCAAGAAGUGCCAUUUCUGCCAGAGUAUCGAUCAUAUGGUUGCCAACUGCCCGCAAAAAGCACAACAGUCACCAGGUUCUCAGGGAAAACCAUCCCCCUCAAAAGAUGAAGAGGAGGAGGAGCACAGCCACAUGCCAUCAGCUCCUGAAACCUCAGAUUAAACGAGAAGUUGGGCAUCAUUGACGCCGGGGAAGCACAGAGGCCAAUCAGAUUGCUUUGAUGAGGGAGAUGGGACUCGUGAUCCUCAUCUACUUGUCAAAGCUGCCUUUGGAACUACCUCAGGUUAAAAAUAAUUGCUGAUGAAGAAUGUUGCUGAAGGUUUUUUUUUGUUUGUUUUUCAUUUAGUGUUAUACUCAGGAAUACUGCUGUAUUAUUGCACUCAGGACGCUUUCUAAAUGUUUGAAUCACUGCUAUUCUUUUGAGGGGAUUGAGAUUGUAGUUAGCAACGCCACACAACCUACUAUCUUGAUGAGUUUUUAUUAGAAUCUGUGUUUCUUUAAUGCACCACAUGCCUCUCUCAUGGGCAUUAUACCUCUUCUGUUUGUUGCAGAACACUCGGUCAGUUUGCUAAGAAUAGAGCUACACUUUUGCUGCCUUACCAUAUAGUCUCCUAUCAGACUGUUACCUCACUUUCCGACUAUGCAGAGCGUACCAAUUAGUACCUCUGUGAUGAAUGUUAGAUUGUAUACCGCAUGGGGUUGGGAGGGUUCAUACAGACACAUGGGAUGGGUUUUAGGGGUAUCGCUACAGGCUAUUUAUUGGCAUCUGCCAAUAUGGCAAUUGACCAUCUGGUAAUUCUGGGGCCGAAUGAAUGUCAGACCAGAAGUGGUUUCAAGCUUUUGGGCUAUUAUUUUUCUUUCAUAACUUCAUUAUUUUUAUGCAGCACUGCUGACUGUCUAAAGGUGUUGUCUUCCUUUUAUUGGUGCAUAUUUGCUCUGCUAUCCAAACCAUCAUUCUCACUGCUGAUGGUGAACUUGAUAGUCUCAAAAUACAGUUUUGGAGAUUGAGAUCAGAAUUGGGAUUCAAUCAAAUUCUCUUUGCACUACAGUAUUUACACAGCAUUACCACUGAAUCAUUGGUUUGGUCCAAGGUUCAAACUUAUUGAAACUCUGAUCAGCACCAAGCACAACUGCUGCAGUGACUUAGUACCGUCUGUUGAGUCUCAAGAGUUGCCAAGAAAAGACAUACAGUCAUUCCCAGCCAAACAUUAGCAAGCCCCUGCUUUUUUUAAGCUCUGACAGAUGUGUUGUGGCACACCUCCAGGUCAGGCAUAUCUAUCAACACAAGAUUCAGAUGAGCCCAGUCACGACUUUUUAAACCAUCAUGAAACGAUUUUGGCUCAACAUGUUUCAUAAGCAACCUAAAUGGUGGCUGCUAAAGGGGAAUGUUUUAAAUCUAAACGGGCAUUAGUAGUAACAUCUGCAAUGAUAGGCAAGGUGACCGGUUCCAAAGAGUCAAAUCAUAACGGCUUCUAGCUCAACAUGGACCAACACCUCAAUGGUUUUUAUAUGAUGAGUUAAUGCGGUCAGUAGCAUCUGGCACAUGAUAUUGUCCAGUUGAAAUCAAAAAGGCUAAGUCUCACCCAGGGGGGAACAGCACAAACAAACAACUUAGCCUUUAACUACUUCAACAGUUCUUCUUUAUUUUACUGUCUGCUGUGUGAAAUACUGCUGCUAAACAAUUACCGCUUGGAUUUGAUAGAAUUCCAAACGAUGUGAUUCCAAACCCAACUUCAUACCUCAUCAAUACAAAUAAGAUACUUGACCUGGACUGAGUUACUUGCUGAGGGUCCAGCUAGCUCUCCUCUUCAUACUUGAAUAUAUUGAGGCAGAAUCAGCUUUGAUGUUGCCAGUGGGUAGGCUGGUGUUUUUGUUUGUAUCCAAUGUGAUCUAUACCUAGGUAGUUAUUUAAGACAUUACCUCCCAAUGACCCUUAGUAGGGUAAUAAUUCAGGAACACCAAGCCUGCAUGGAGGAGCAUGUAGAACUAGCUAGCUAAUCAGCUUUUUACUCCCGUUUUACAGGAGAAGCUGAGGAUACUUUGACAUCCAAUUAAUAUAUAUGUAAAAUUAUUCUAAAGCCUUUUUUAAAUAAUCAUACUACGUAUUUAUUUUCAUCCAAGUGUGCUGCAGCUUCUCCUCCUGCUCUUGUUGAGCUAUGAAAGCUAGUAGACAUCAAAAACUGUCUGUCAUUCGAAGCUCCCUCAACUUGAAAAUAGUUUUGGGUAACACACCUUUAACAUCAAGGUACUUGUAUUUCUUUUUACAUAUGUGCUUGAUAAAUCAUUGUCACUGUCCUCAAUGGUAACUCAAUGAAGUAUGAAUACAGUAUAACAGUAAUAACUCUUUAUACAGCUUACAAACAAUACAAUCUGUACAAGUGUAUAGUUUUGUGAGGACUGUCGUAAACUGUGAGUUUUUUAUUUUCUUUGACCUGUUUUUUUUUAAUCAUUUUUUGUUCAUUGGUCUCUCAGAAGAGAGUCCCACUGUUAUUUCUAUCUAUCUAUGCCAAAACCAAUGCAAUGUUACUCUGCACUAAUCAUGUGUAAGAUGCAUUAUUAUCUUUUUUAUAUUCAGUUUUCCCUUUUUUGAGUAUUAUGUUCCUUAUUGUAUGUAUUUUUUUAUAUUUUCAUAUGCCACAUACAGUCAGUUGCUGGUUGACAAAAAAACAACUUUACUCUAAGGCUCAUCUCAGGAAUAUCCAAUCUGAAAACUCAGGGAAUGCUUCAGAUUGAUUAGUUGGAGUCGAGGAGUCUGUACCUAAGACAAAGCAGGGACUGAAUUCUCAUCUGAAGGAUGAGAAGAAUAUAUUAUUGCCAAAAAAAAGAUUCCAAUGAUUGUAAACGACUAAGUUUGAGAUUCAUAAGUUACUUGACUCUUCCACUAUGUCAUCCUCCCAUGCAUACAGUGUGGUGAUGAUCUUGCUAUUUCCCUCUUCUUUACACGACUUGCCAUGAUAUAUGAUAUGGAGAAUAUGUUCCACUAUAAUUGUAUUUUUUUCCUCUUUAAUUGUUGUAGAUGGGGAUGUAGUAGAAUAUUAUGACAGGGAUUGGGGCUAGUAGUAUAAUCUGGGGUUGUCUCGUCUCAACACAUGGCUGAUACUUGGUGUUUCAGACUAUCAAUGCUUGUGACAAAAAGAAUGUGUCAUGGAUAAUUUCACUCACAUGUUGGUGGAUACUAUGCUUUAGGGUGAUGUUUAUGGUAGUGUUUCAAGUUUUCAAAAGCAAACACUGUUUUCUUUGAUUGAACUCAGGAUAUGAAAAUAAUGUUGUGCUCAGGUUAGAUGGAACACUUUACAUACCUGUGUGUAUUUGUUUUGAGUUUAACACUAUGGGCUGCAGUUAAGUGAUUCUCUUACUUGAACAUUUACCUUUCUCUACAUUUUGACACCCACUCUUUGGAUAAAGGUUGAAUGAAAGUGUUGUAUUGUAAUUCUUGCAAUAUUCUACUGUUACUAAUAAUGUUUUCAGAGUAUUAUUUGGAAACUUAAGUCCAUGUUAGACAUUCUGAUCACAACGACCCAGUUUGACCCCUCAGUGAUGUGUUAUUGUGAUAUGCUUGUCGGGUGUUAGAUGGGUUAGAUAUUCCUUGAAAAUCCAAGGACAUGUAAGACUAAGUGCUCAGGGCAACAUUUGAAGCACAUCAAAGAAUUCUAUAUCCCACUUUGAUCCAUGUGUGCUUUAAAUGGUAUAUCUUGUUUGUGACCAUCAGCUAUUUUAUUUGUGGUGCUGUAUCUUUCAAGAUGAAUGGCUAGAUACUUCCAGAAGAAUGUGCAUUUAUUACUGACGAAUGUUUACAUGUUUACUGCCAUAAACUACAACUAUCUUGAUUUAUCUUAUCUUGAUUUCAUGGGCUAGUUUAUCGAUGAUGAGCAGCAUGUAGGCUUUUCAAGUAUUACUGUGAUUAUGUUUCUAUAUGUAAAGAUCUGCUCCAUUUCCUAGUAAAUAUUUCAAUAUUUA